AAUCUGCUGUAGCCGGAGUGGGCGGCGAGUGCGAGACGGUGAACAGUUUGAACCUGCUCCGCGUCGAGGCGGAAAUAUUGAAAAUAAACUGUUCGGUUUCAGAAAGGACGGAGUUAAAUGACAGCAGUGUCCAUCAAAACAAGCAUCAGUGUUAUCGCAAAAGGUCCACAUUGAGGCGUGGGAACGGAAGCUUUUGCUGUUUAACGGACGGUCGGUGUUGUAAAGCCGGCUGUCGCGCUUAGAAUCGCUGCCUCCUGCUGAGCUAACUGCUAACUAGCCGCGGAGCUAACGCUUCGGCUAAGCUCCCACACAAAGAACCGCUCUCCCAGUGUUCGUCGUGUUUACCCGGAAUCACUGCGCUGAAUGAGGCCAGAGCCUGUCGUCCAGGGCGAUCAUGGUGCUGACAGGGAAGCGUUCGGACAAAGGUCCAGCCUGCUGGAAGAGGAGGGUGAAGUCUGAGUACAUGAGGCUCCGGCAGCAGAAACGCUUCAGACGAGCCGACGAGGUCAAGAGCAUGUUCAACUCCAACCGUCAGAAGAUCGUGGAGCGGACGGACACUCUGAACCAGGAGUGGAAGACGCGGCGGAUCCAGCCGGUCCACAUCAUGACGUCGGUCAGCUCGCUGCGCGCCUCCAGAGAGUGCACCGUGGAGAGCGGCUUCUCUGAGUUCCCGCGGCAGGUCAUCCCCCUGAAGACGCUGAACGCCGUGGCCUCGGUUCCGGUCAUGUACUCCUGGUCGCCGCUGCAGCAGAACUUCAUGGUGGAGGACGAGACGGUGCUGCACAACAUCCCCUACAUGGGAGACGAGAUCCUGGACCAGGACGGCACCUUCAUAGAGGAGCUCAUCAAGAACUACGACGGCAAAGUCCAUGGAGACCGAGAAUGCGGCUUCAUCAACGACGAGAUCUUCGUGGAGUUGGUCAACUCCAUGGUUCAGUACAGCGACAACGAGGAUGACGAGGAGGAGGAAGAGCAGGACUUCAAGGUGGAGAAGAUGGAGACGUGUGACGGCAAGGAUCAGCUGGAGGACAGCAGCAAGGACAGACAUGUCGGCAACGAAGGUCGGAGCAACAGCGACGCCAACAAGAAGUUCCCGUCUGAUAAGAUCUUUGAAGCCAUCUCCUCCAUGUUCCCUGACAAAGGAUCCACCGAGGAGCUGAAGGAGAAGUACAAGGAGCUGACAGAGCAGCAGCUUCCCGGCGCUCUCCCUCCUGAAUGCACGCCGAACAUCGACGGCCCAAACGCUCGCUCCGUCCAGCGGGAGCAGAGCCUGCACUCCUUCCACACGCUGUUCUGCCGCCGCUGCUUCAAAUACGACUGCUUCCUCCACCCUUUCCACGCCACACCAAACACCUACAAGCGUAAGAACCUGGAGAACCUGGUGAACACGAAGCCGUGCGGCGCCGAAUGCUACAUGUACCUGGUGCAGGACGGGAUGGCGAGGGAGUAUCCGGCCGGCGGCGAGCGCGCCAAGACGCCGUCUAAACGCAGCGUGGGCCGGCGCCGCGGGCGACUGCCCAACAGCAGCAGCCGACCCGGCACGCCCACCGUUUCCUCGGAAACCAAAGACACGGACAGCGAGCGCGAGGGGAGCAAGGACGACGAGCGAGACAACGACAAGGACGACGAGGACAAGAAGGACGAGACGACCAGCAGCUCAGAGGGGAACUCUCGCUGCCAGACGCCGGUGAAGAUGAAGCUGACCUGCGACCCGGAAGCUGUGGACUGGACCGGCGCCGAGGCGUCUCUGUUCCGGGUUCUGAUCGGGACGUACUACGACAACUUCUGCGCCAUCGCCCGCCUCAUCGGCACCAAGACCUGCAGACAGGUUUACGAGUUCCGGGUCAAAGAGUCGGCCAUCAUCGCCCGGGCGCCGGCCGAGGACGAGGACACGCCCCCCAGGAAGAAGAAGAGGAAGCACCGGCUGUGGGCCACGCACUGCAGGAAGAUCCAGCUGAAGAAAGACGGGUCGUCCAAUCACGUGUACAACUACCAGCCGUGUGACCAUCCGCGGCAGCCCUGCGACUCGUCCUGCCCCUGCGUCACCGCGCAGAACUUCUGCGAGAAGUUCUGCCAGUGCAGCUCCGAGUGUCAGAACCGCUUCCCGGGUUGCCGGUGCAAAGCCCAGUGCAACACCAAGCAGUGCCCCUGUUACCUGGCGGUGCGGGAAUGCGACCCGGACCUGUGCCUGACCUGCGGCGCCGCCGACCACUGGGACAGCAAGAACGUGUCCUGCAAGAACUGCUCCAUCCAGCGCGGCGCCAAGAAGCACCUGCUGCUGGCGCCGUCCGACGUGGCCGGGUGGGGAAUCUUCAUCAAGGAGCCGGUCCAGAAGAACGAGUUCAUCUCCGAGUACUGUGGAGAGAUCAUCUCUCAGGACGAAGCCGACCGCCGAGGGAAGGUUUACGAUAAAUACAUGUGCAGCUUCCUCUUCAACCUCAACAACGACUUCGUUGUCGACGCCACGAGGAAAGGCAACAAGAUCCGCUUCGCCAAUCACUCUGUAAACCCAAACUGCUAUGCAAAAGUGAUGAUGGUCAACGGGGAUCACAGGAUCGGGAUCUUCGCCAAGAGAGCCAUCCAGACCGGAGAGGAGCUGUUCUUCGACUACAGGUACAGCCAGGCCGACGCCCUGAAGUACGUCGGCAUCGAGCGCGAGAUGGAGAUCGCCUGAACCGGACCUGCGGUUCUGACCCGGACGCCUUAGACCCAAACGAAACAAACUUCUCUUCAGGAAACUUUUUCUCUGCGUUUAUUUUAUUUCCCGUCAACAAGCGCUCCUCUCCGGUCCGGACGUUCGGACCCAACCGGAACCAAAAGUCGACUCUCGGGACCAAAACUCCUCCACCAGCAGCUCCAGGGUUCUGUUCACGACCCGGACGGACCCAACACUGCCAAACCAAACGGUCCUGAUCCAGUUAGACUGUCGGAUCAGAACCGCAGACUGAACACUGGCAAUGUGCUCAGGUCGUUUCACACCAGCAAACCUGGUUCUGGUUCUGGUGCUACCCGGUCUAAACCUCCAGAACCAGAACCUCCUCCGCUCUCCCCUACCUGGACCUUCUGAUGGUGCUUCAGUCCGGGUUCUGCAGAACCGCAGACUUCUUCCUGUCGGGUCAACCGGACCUGGUGCUGAUCCAGAACCGCUGACCGGACCUCCUGGUGGUUCUGUGCAUGUUUGUGUUUUAUCAUGAUUCUGUUUGGAGAAGCUGGGAACGGUUUGUUGGUGACGGAUCAGAACCGGCCCGGUUCAGUCACCUGGUGCUCAAUUUUAGUUUUUUUAAAUCCAGGUUCUGAUUCUUCACGGGACGAGGAACCGGACCCCUAAGUUCUGUUUGGUUCUGGUCCGGUUUGGAUCAGAACCGGAUCAGAACCAAACCCUCAGCUGGUGAAACAUCAGAACCUUUAUUGUUGUUUCUGUUUUUGUGCAAAUGAAAUAGUCAAAAGUUGUCAUGGCGAUGGAUUCUUUAAGCCAGCUGACUGACGGUGUGCAGCGACGUGUGUGGGAGGGGCUGUUACCAUAGCAACAGCAAUGCCAGGGUUUCCUUUUUAACGGGUUUGAACCGGUUCUGACCCGGUUCGUUGGAUUUAAUCCUUUUUUGUUCUUUUUUUUUUUUUUCUGCCGAUCAUGGACGGUUUGAUUCUGUUUCGGGUCAGGAGGUUCUGGACGUCUGACCAGAACCGCAGCAUGCUCUGCUACCGGACCAGAACAUUCCUCCAGAACUGUCCGCAGCUCCUCCUGUAGAAUCACGUCGCUGGUGCUGAGCCGGGUCGGGUUCCGAACAGAACCCGACCCGUUAAACUUCAGGUUCUUCUUCUGCUGACGCCGGUGCUGAUUUUUUUUUUUAAUGUUUACUGGGAUUCUGCAGAUUAAAAAUAUUCUGAAUGGUU